GAAAUGCCAUGGCAGGGAAUCCUCAGCCACAAUCUUUAAGGGCUCUGGGAAUCUUUAUCUAUGGGGCUCUUAAGCAGCCAGAUCUUGCACCACAGGGAAUCAGACACAAUAGAUCUGCAGCUAGAAGCUCAAUCCAGCCCCAGUAACUUAUCAGGAAGCCGCAAGUGCAAGCAGAGCAGCGGGCCAUACUUAGGCUCCAGAUCUGGCAGCCAUGGGUCUGUAAACAAGGGAGAGAAUCUACAGCAUAUCCUCAGCACAAGUUAUGGGGAAAAAAUGAUCCCAUCCAAGUAUGCUUACCAAACUUUAUUUUUGAACGGGGAAACCAGUGAUAUUAAAAUUCGUGCUCUGGGUAAAGUAUGGUGUUUACACAAAUUAUUUUUGUGUCAGUCAGGCUACUUUGCUAAUGUGUUCAGAGACUCUUGGGAAGAAUCUCACAAAGAUAUUAUUGAACUGGAGAUUAAUGGCCAAAACAUUGAUGUAGGAUCCUUGCACUUUGUACUAGGUUCAUUGUACAGGGACGAAGAUGUUUUAAUGGAGCCUCUUCAAAUUCCAGGAGUUUUGGCAACAGCAUGCCUGCUUGAGGUAGAAAACUUAAUUCAAAAGUGUGAUGAGACCAUGAAGGAAACGAUUAAUACAAAAACUGUAUACAGUUAUUAUGCAGCAGCAGAAACCUAUGGGUUAGAUACUGUAAAGACACAGUGCUUUGAAUGGCUUCUUCACAAUUUGAUGACACAACUAAGUGUUACACUUUACAAAGAACUCAGUAUAGAUCUUAUGAAUCUGCUCAUCUCUUCUUCUGAUUUACUAGUAAUGCAAAAAGAAAUGGAUGUCUACACCAGACUUAAGGAAUGGAUGUUCCUGCGCCUUAACCCGACUUGGAAGGGCUCAUUGAAUCAGCUUUUAGUUAAUGCAAACAACUGGUUUUCCAAGCACAGAGAACAUGGCAGCAACACCGCCUUUCUUGAAACAAAAGAAGGUAUAACAUUUCAACCAGUGUUUAAAAAAUUGAGAUUUCAGCAUAUCAUCUCUGACUUGGCUUCCAUAAGAGUUAUUGAACAAGAUACUCUAAUACCUUCAGAAUGGUUAUCAUCUGUUUACAAACAACAAUGGUUUACCUUGCUUAAAGCACAACAAUGUGGGGAAAUUGGGCCUAGAGACAUCAACAAAACAGAACUUGAAAGUUACAGCUUGAGGUGUGGUAAAAGGAUUCUAAAGGAUGGAAAAUAUUCUUGGAAGUGGUCAGGUUACAAUUUUGGCUUUCCCUUACAUGUCAUCUUUACCAGCCAUUAUAUCACAUUCUUCCCCAGCCAUUAUAUCAUUUUCAAGCAAAAUAUUUAUAGUCAGCUGUGUGAAGAUUCUGCCUGUUUACAAUCUCUAAGAAAUAUUGCAUUCAGAUUAACUUUAGUCUAUUUUGAUUCUAGUGGAAAACUAAGUUUCAGCAAAACAACUGAUUAUAAAAUCUUUACCUUUGUAAAAGAUGAGGAGCAAGUGGUAAUGAAGUUGGAUGGAAUAGCUUUGAGCUUCCCUUUAUAUAUAUUCUGUAACUUCUUGUUUGUAUCAUUAGAAAAUACAGUCAACUGAUAAUCUAGUCAAUUAGAAUGUAUUAGCAUUUUGAAAACUUUUGAUUCACCCUUUAGUUUAAUAGCUCCACUGUUAGACGAACAAAGAUA